AUGGAUAAAAAAUCGAAAAAAGUUGAUGACGCCGAGACGAGUGAUGAGCCACGAGUAUUUACAGCAAUACACCGUGAUCCAAAGUAUCGAAAAGCCAAUGCGGAAUUUUUAACGAGGCGGCUUCGCUUGGAAUUUGAUAAGUUGACAACAGCACGUCCACUUUGCAAAGGCGCAACGUGUAUUCGACCAUUGCCAGCCGAACUGCAAAAAUGUCGUCAAAUUAAAUUUAAAUCGAAUCCAAAAAAAUCAAGAAAACGAAAAUUUCCAUCCUACACGAAAAUGCGCGAGGAACGUGAAGAAUUUCGCAAAACAUUGAUAUCGUUAAUCGUAGCCAAAGAGAAUGAAGAUAAGACUGAUGAUACAUUUCCCAAUUCACAAGAGCGUCAGCUUUUAAGAUAUUAUUAUUAUAUUAAGCAUGGCAUAGAUACAAAUCACAUUGCCCCAAUGACUAAGCGAAUGUUAAACAAAAUUCUACGAUUGGUACCAAAGCGUUUGAUAAAAUGGCAAGAUAUCAUCGAUGCGAAUGUUGAUGAAAUCAAAUCCGAGUAUAUUUUUAUUUCGAAAAAAGCAGUCAUUGAUUUUGUGCUGGGAAAAUCACUGGAUAAUUCAUGCGGCAACAGCAAUGCCAUCGAUGCAAAAACAUCUCGAGAACGAAAUGAAAUAAAAGAAAUUGGAAAACAUCAUGCACAUAUAAUUCAUGUGAAUCGUCGAGUAAUUAGUCGCAACCUCUAUGCAAUCACUCCAUGUCUUAGGCAUAUGCUGUCGUUGUGGCAAACAACAUAUACAAAAUUGAGUUUCAUCAAUGCCGAUGAGUUGCUUCGUCAUGUCGGUACAUUUGAUUUAGUUGAAUUCAUUACAACAAUAAACAAGCAAAUCGAGGAUGCGAGAGAGAUUUUAUGCACAAAAUGGUAUGAUGCAUUGAAGUUGAUAUUUGGCACAGCAAUGAAGAAGAAAGUGAUGCCAGACGCAACAAAACCGAAAGCAUUGAAUCGAUUUUUCGAUUGUGUGGCUUCCCAAAUGACAUCGUGUUUGCAAGACAUUGCCGUUCGUAGUUUGCAGCAUUUCGUGCAAUUCAUGAAAAAUAGAUCGAAUCCAAGAAUCCGGUUGCAUGUUUUAUUAAAAGACGAAGAUCGGCUCGUAUUUAGUCCGACAUUUGUGAAAAUUCACACCGAAAUUUUGCACAUUAUCGAAAACGUUUUGGCAGCGGUACAAAAUUUUGUGCGCAUCGAAACGACAAUGCCAAUGUUUUACGAUGAUAUGCAAAGAGUGCGAAGCAACUGCUUGAAACCAAUCAUUUCGACCGCUGUAAUUGAUGAAUGUCGAGCGGAAAUUACAGCGGUUUUAGAAGAAGAACGAAUCGUUCCCGAACUCAUGCUACAAGAUUUUGAUCAAUUUUUUGACCUCAUGAACGGAUCGGAUGCAGAGAAAAUCUAUAAUUUUAUGAAUAUAAGCCCGGCAUUUGAAGAGUAUUGUGAUUUGAUUAAUCAUUAUAAUGAUGUGGAAUAUGAAAUUUCGGUGAAUAUUUGGGGUAUUAUAUCGAUUGGAUUCUAUGAAUUUCAUCGAACCACACUUAUUGAAACAUUGGAGAUAUUGUCCAAAUUUAUGCAAACUGAACUGCUUACGAAAAUGGUUGCCGACCAACAGGCCGACAUGGCACAAUUGCAAAGUGAAUAUGAAGAGAUUUCAAAGCAAGCACUUACCAUUCCAAAAAAUACCGCUGAACUCAUGAAUUCGAAAGCGUAUGCGGAGAGAACACAAGAAGAAGUCAUUCCUGAAAUGGAAAAACGACUGAAAUUGAAUUUGGAUCACUUUCUUUGGUUGAUGGAUCAAAUCAUUUACACACCGUUAGAAAUCAAACAAAAUAGCAUAACAUUUCAAUGGUAUUUGAAAAUGCCAUCGGUGUUUCUUCAAAAUCAAAAAAUUGUCGAACAAAAAACCAUUGAAUAUCAAGAGCUCUUGAAAAAGCGCAUCGACCAAUUUGGCCGUGAUUUGGAUUUGUAUUGGGAACAGUUGUUGGAGUACGAAAAUUGGGGUGAUAUAACGAUCGUUGCAAAAUACAAGCGAAAAGCAAAUGUACUAGACGCUCGGUUAACAGCUGCAUUGGAAAAAAUCGAACGCAUCAACGAAGAGGAAAAAUCAUUUGGUUGGCCACUGUCCGAUUAUCCAUUGCGCCAUCAAACCCAUGUUAAAUUGAUGCCAUAUAAAAAGUUAUUCGAUGCGGGUCAAGAUUUUAUUGAGAAACGUGAUUUAUGGCUUAAAAAUGGUCAAGUUGGUUCAUUUGAUCCGGUCGAUAUAGCCAAAAGUAUCGAAACAAUUUAUGAUGAUUUAUUGAAAUUAAGUCAAGGAUUCGAUGAGCAUCCACAUUCAAAACGUUUGGCAGAGGACAUAAAGACAAUCAUCGAUGAAUUUAAAUUGAAUUUACCAAUCAUACAAACACUCGGCAAUCCCGGCCUUAAACUACGUCAUUGGGAGCAAAUUUCUGAAAUGGUGGGCUUUCCGAUCGUUGUAUCGCCCGAACUUACACUUGAAAAGAUUAUCGAAUUCGGAUUGGACGACUAUUUGGCACGGUUCGAAAAGAUAAGCCAAAGUGCAACCAAAGAAAAUGGUCUCGAGCUUGCGAUGAGCAACAUGAUUGUCGAAUGGCAGGGCAUCGAAUUUUCGAUACACGAAUAUCGUGACACUGGCACAUACAUUUUGGCAAGCGUUAAUGAUAUACAAACACUGCUCGAUGAUCACAUCAUUAAAACACAAACAAUGAAAAACUCACCUUAUAUCAAACCAUUUGAAUCGGAAAUUUUAUCAUGGGAAUCAAAAUUGGUAUUGCUUCAGGAAAUUUUGGACGAAUGGCUGCGCGUACAGACGACUUGGAUCUAUUUGGAACCAAUAUUCUCGAGUCCAGAUAUUCAACAACAAAUGCCCGAAGAAGGCAGACGCUUUGGAGCGGUCGAUAAAAUUUGGAAAGAACUUAUGAAACAAGUACAUUUGGAUCCAGCUGUUAUGUCAGUCGUUGACAUUGAUAAAAUGUCGGAAAAGCUGAAAAAAGCUUUUCAGUUAUUGGAAAUUAUUCAGAAAGGCCUCCAUACCUAUCUCGAAAAGAAACGUUUGUAUUUUCCGCGUUUUUAUUUUCUGUCCAACGAUGGAUUAUUGGAAAUCUUGGCCGAAACAAAAGAUCCAACCCAAGUGCAACUUCAUUUAAAAAAGUGUUUCGAUGGUAUUAGCUCAUUGACAUUCACAGAUACGCUUGAAGUGGCAGUUAUGAAAUCGGCUUAUGAUGAAGAGGUUGAGCUGACAGAAACGAUAUCAACGGCAAAGGCACGCGGUCAAGUCGAAAAAUGGCUUCUCGAAUUGGAGCGUAUAAUGAAAGAAACGGUUUUUGCACAAAUUUUCGAUGCGAUUGAAAGUUAUUCGGUGCAAGAAUUUGGCGAAUGGAUUUCACAAUGGCCGGGACAAUUUGUUCAUGCAACAUUUUUGAUCAAUUUUACCAAAGAAAUUGAUAGCGCUUUGGUGGUGCCCGCCAGUCGAAAAUCGCAUUUCGAUGGCAUCGCAAGAAAAUUGGAAAAUCAUAUUGAAGAAACUAUUUCAUUAUUGCGUCGUUGCGAUGUAUCGUCAGGCAAACGAUUGAAUUUUCGAACUUUGUUGAUAUUGCUUAUUCAAGCGCAAAAUAUUUUAAAUCGCUUAAUUGAAAAAGAUGUACAAACGCCAGACGAUUUUGAUUGGAUGGGUCAAAUGCGAUAUUAUUUUGAUGGAAAUAAAAUCGAAAUUGCAACAUUAUUGUCAAGAUGGCUCUAUGGUUUUGAGUACAUUGGAAAUAAAUCUCGCAUGGUUAUUACUCCACUUACGGAUCGUUGCUAUCGCACCAUUUUUGUUGCACUCAACCAACAUUUUGGACUCGUUUUACAGGGUGAGGCGGGUAUCGGAAAAACGGAGAUGGUCAAAGAUUUGGCAAAAGCAAUUGCAACAUAUUGCAUUUCAUUUAAUUGUGCACACGAUUUGGAUUACAUUGUAAUGAGUAAAUUCUUCAAAGGAUUGGCUGCAUGCGGCUCAUGGGUUUGCUUUGACAACUUCAAUCAUAUUAAAUCGAGUGUCUUGUCGGUUGUUGCGCAUUACAUGCAAACAAUACAAAUGGCAUUAAAGUCUUCGUCCAAGCAGCAGAAUUUCAUCAUUGAUGGUACAUCGUUGCUGUUGAAUCGGAGUUGCGCUAUUUUUACAACGUUUAGUUCAUUGAAACCGAUAAAUUGUCACGAAAAAUUACACGAUAAUCUCAAGACCUUGUUUCGUCCAAUAUCGAUGAUGUUGCCCGAUCUGCAACGCAUAGCCGAAAUCGAAUUGUUGUCGCAUGGAUACGAGAAUGCAAAGUCAUUAGGGACUAAAAUCAUAACGUUAUUUCAAUUAUGUAAGGAGCAACUAAUAGCUCAGCCGCAUUAUGAUUUUAGAAUGAGAACCAUUAAAGUUGUGCUGGAAAUGAGCGAACGAGCCAAAAUAAACAGUGCCGCCGAUACCGAAAUACAAAAUGAAGAGGCAAUCCUUAUUGAAAUUAUUCGCAAAACCAUUAUGUGCACGCUAGACGAUGAAGACCUGUGCAUAUUUGAGUCUAUUUUAAGCGACAUUUUCCCCAACAACAAUAAAUGUAAUAAUGCCAUGUCGUCAAAUUCGCCUAUACACCAAUCCAUUUACGACGCUUGCAUUGCACAAAAUAUAAAUGCGACGAAAUACUUUGUGGGAAAAGUUUACGAACUUUAUGAAAUGUUGCACAUCCGGACGGGUGUAAUGGUUGUCGGUGAUUCAUUUUCGGGCAAAACAACAGCUUACCGCGUACUUACCAAGGCGCUUGCCAUUUUAGAGGAACAACAAACAACGACCGAAUUGAAAGAGAGCCAUCCGGUGUGUUGUGUUAUUAUUAAUCCGAAAAGUGUGACGAUUGGACAAUUGUACGGUGGAAUCGAUGCUAAAUCGCAGGAAUGGCGAGAUGGCAUUUUAGCGAUAAAUUUCAAACACUUUAAUAAUGCAAAUGUGGAAUGUAAACGACGAAUGUGGUUAAUAUUCGAUGGGCCGGUCGAUACGAUUUGGAUGGAGUCGAUCAAUAGUGUGCUGGAUGAUAACCGAAAACUUUGUCUAACAUCGGGCGAUGUAUUUUAUUUGAAUAAUUCCAAUCUCAUAUUCGAACCAAUGGAUUUGGCAAACGCAUCACCAGCAAUUGUUUCACGAUGUGGUGUCAUUUAUAUGUCGUCAUCAUCAUUGGGCUGGCUUCCAUUGCUCGAAUCAUGGAAAGCAAAACUCCCUAAAAUCCUUGAAGACGUAAACAAGCAAGAAAUAACAAAUUUAUUCAUGCGUUUCUGUCCAAUCCUUUUACAUUUCAUUCGAAAUGAGGCGAUUGAAAUGCUACCGACGACAGAUUCAAAUUUGGUCACAUCGUUAAUGAACAUUUUCGAAUGUUUUUUUGAUGACUACUACGAUGAAAAAACCACAUCAACACUGACCGAACUGGAUAUUCGGGCUCAACUUGAAGGGAUGUUUUUCUUUUCAUGCAUAUGGUCGUUGGGUGGUGCCUUAAACGAAAUGAGUCGCACGUCAUUUUCAGAGCUAUUUCAUGGUUUAUUGUUGAAAGACUUUCCAGCCGAACUUUAUAAAAAAUUCAAUAUACCCGACAAAAUGCAAGUGGCUGCGUUACAAAAACCAUACAUUUUUACCAUACCAAAAGUUGGCACGGUUUUUGAUUACCGCUUCAUUUGUGAAGGUAAAGGUAAAUGGAAACUAUGGUCGGACGAAAUCGCUCUGGCACCGUCACUAUCCCGCGAUAUUCCUGUCAAUCAAAUUAUAAUUACAACGAAAGGAACUGUUCGCAUUUAUGCACUGCUCGAUUUAUUGUUGCGUCAUGAUAAGGCCACUUUAUUGGUUGGCCAAAUUGCAACGGGAAAAACCAUUUAUGCUCACGAUUAUUUAGCGAAAAAAAUCGAUCAGCACGCUUAUGUUUCAAUCAGUAUGAAUUUUACAGUAAACACAACGGCGAAUCAAGUGCAAGAAAUUAUAAUGGGACGAUUGACGAAACGACGAAAGGGAGUGUUUGGUCCACCGUUAGGUAAGAAAUGCGUCAUUUUUGUUGAUGACCUAUCAUUACCAGACACCGAAAACCACUCACAAUCGGCCGUAGAACUUUUACGCAUGUGGAUGGACCAUUCAAUGUGGUAUGAACAGAAAGACUUUGUGCCAAUCAAACUGAUUGAAUUACAGAUUAUGUGCGCCAUGCUUUCACCUCGUUUCUGUGGACGAAGUGUUAGUCCGCGUUUUUUGCGUCAUUUUAACAUAAUUUCAAUUGAUGAAUUCGACAACGAAACUCUUCGAUGUAUUUUCAGUAAAAUCGUGCUGUGGCAUUUGGAUGCACGUGGAUUUUCCAAAGAAUUUGAUCCGUGCAUCGAUGAAAUCGUUCUUGGAACGCUAUCAAUUUACAAUGAAGUGCGCGAAGUACUGUUGCCAACACCAUUAAAAUCUCAUUAUCAAUUCAAUGUUCGUGAUUUUUCACGAGUUAUACACGGUGUAUUACUCUCCGUACCCGAAGCAAUCGAAGGCAUUGAUACAAUGCGAAGACUGUGGGCACACGAAAUUGGUCGUGUGUAUGGUGAUCGCUUGAUUACAGCCUCUGAUCAAAAGUGGCUAUUCGAACGGAUUUGCCAAACAGUAGAAAAUCAACUGCACACCGCACCGCAAGAGCUCUUCAGCCGAUUCAUUGAAGCUGGCAAGUCAAUACAGCAAGAUGAUUUGCGUAAGCUAAUGUUUUGCGAUUACACAAACCCAAAAGCCGACACCCGGAACUACCUGGAGGUGCAAGACUUAGAAGAAUUACGCUACGUAGUCGAAUGUUAUCUGGUUGAGUUCAAUAACAUGUCAAAGCGACCAAUGAAUUUGACAAUGUUUCGAUACACUGUUGAACAUCUGUCACGAAUUUGUCGCGUUUUAAAACAGCCGCGAUCUCAUUUAUUGCUCAUUGGUAUCGGUGGUUCGGGUAGACAGUCACUUACACGUCUCGCGGCACACAUUAUGGACUAUGAACUGUUUCAAAUUGAACUAACACGCAACUACUCGAUGAACGAAUGGACGGAGUUUUUAAAAGCAAUGCUAUUGAAAGUAAGCUCAACUGAAUCGCAUGGUGUAUUCUUAAUCACCGAUGCUCAAAUGAAAGACAUUCGAUUUUUGGACGAUAUCAGUAAUUUAUUGCAAUCAGGCGAAGUUUUACGUCUCUUUGAUUCGGAUGAAAUAAAAGAUAUUUGCGAGAAAAUGUCGGUCAUUGAUAAACAACGCGACAAAACACUUCAAACGGAUGGUUCACCAAAAGCAUUAUACGAUUUUUUUGUUAAUUUGAUUCGUGAACAAUUACAUGUGAUUAUAUGCGCAUCACCGGAAAAUGCUAAAUUUCAUGAUAUGCUUCGUGAUUAUCCAUCGUUUAUUAAUUGCUGUACAUUGGAUUGGUUUCAUAUGUGGCCCGAUGAUGGUUUACAGGCUGUUUCAGAGCGUUUCUUGACCGAAGAAGGAUUUGAACAGUUAACCGAACCACAACAAACAGCCGCCACCGAAAUGUUUAUGGAAUUCUUUAAAAGCAGCAUGCAAUUAACUAAAGAGAUUUGGAUACAGCAUCAUCAACAUAUCUAUAUUCCGAUGUGGACCUAUGUCGAAUCAAUCAAUAUUUUCAAGGAUAAGUUGGUGAAAAAACGUCAGGAAUUCAUGAAACAAGAGAAAAAAUUUCAAAUUAGUUUGGAACGUGUUGCGGAAUCGUCUGAACAAAUGGUAGAAAUGCAAGAAUCAAUCGAUGCAUUGGAACCAGAAUGCAAAUUAGCCGCUGAAAAAGUGGCGAAGCAAGUGUCUGAUGUACAAACAGCACAGGAAAGCGUCGAUGAGCAGCGUGAAUUUGUAAAAAAAGACGAACUAAUAGUUUCCGAUCAAAUGGCUCAAGCCAACGAUUUAUUCGAACAUUGUAAAAAUAUAAUGGAAGACGUUUUGCCUCAAAUGAAAGAAGCCGAAGAAGCACUGUCCUCGUUAACGCCAGCCGAUUUGGCAUCGGUUCGUACGAUGAAAAGCCCCCCAAUGCCAGUCAAAAUAGUUAUGGAAACGAUUUGUAUUUUGCGUGACAUAAAACCCGAAAAAGCAACGACAACCAUUGAAGAUUUUUGGUCGUUGUCAAAAAAGAUGCUAACCGAUCCAAAAUACGUCGAAUAUUUGUUGACAUUUGAUAAAGACAUGAUACCCGAUCACAUAAGUGAAAAGUUACAGGAAAAAGUUCUGUCAAAUGAUGCAUUCGAUGUUGAAAAAAUUAAAUUAAUAUCGGUGGCAUGUGAAUUGCUGUGCAAAUGGGUGAUUGCAAUUGUAAAAUAUGAUCGAGCAGCAAAAAUAGCAUUGCCAAAGCGCAUUGAAUUGAAAGAGGCGGAAACCAUUCGUGACGCAUCGAUAGCCCAAUUAAAUUCGAAAAUUGAAGAGCUUCGCUUGUUGGAAGACAAUUUGAGUGAAUUGCAAAAGCAAUUGAAAAUCGAAAAGGAUAAUUUCGAAGGCUUAAAAUCGGAUAAUGAACGAUGCACCAAACGUUUACAACGUGCAACAGAAAUAGUCGGUUCGCUUGGCGGUGAACGAGACCGUUGGCACAAAUCAAUGGAACGCAUCCAAAUAAAAUCGAAAACUCUCAUCGGCGAUGUGCUCAUUUCGAGUGGCAUUGUGUCUUAUUUGGGACAGCUUACGGAAACGCAUCGACGCAAAUUGAUCCAAAUUUGGAUUGAAAAAUGCACUUCACUUGGAUUAUACUGUGAUCCCGAAUUUAAAGUGGAAAAUGUUUUUGCCGAUAAAAUUCAAGUAAAAUCAUGGAAUGUUUAUGGUCUGCCCGACAAUCGCUUUACCAUUGAAAGUGCCAUUAUUUUGCAGAACACUCGUCGAUGGACGUUAAUAAUAGAUCCACAAGGAUUUGCUAACAAGUGGAUUAAAAAUUUGGAAAAAGAAAAUCGAUUGUGUUGCAUUCAAGAAAGUCAGCCCGACUAUUUGCGCGUUCUUGAGAAUGCCAUUCAAUACGGAUUGCCUGUUCUAUUGGAAAAUGUUGGUCUUGAGCUCGAAGCGAAUGGUCUCGAGUCGGUUUUGAUGAAGGAGGUAUUCAGGCAGAGUGGAUCACGUCAUAUUAAAUUGGGCGAAAGCAUUGUUGAAUACAAUGAUGCAUUCAAAAUUUACUUAACCACAAAAUUGACGAGGCCACAUUAUCCGGCUGAAGUAUCGGCGAAAGUGGCUAUUUUGGAUUUCAGAGUGCCAACAGACGGCAUGGAAUCAUAUUUGCUUGGUGUGGCCGUAUCGAGAGAUCGUCCUGAUGUCGAAGCGGAGAAAAAUCAAAUUGUCACCAUGAGAGUUGACACAAAUCGAACACUACUGAACGAAGAAACAAAAAUCCUUGAUACUCUAUCAACUGACGAUAAUUUACUGGAAAAUGAUACUUCGGUGCAAUUAAUUACGACAUCAAAAAUGCAAAUCAAUGAAUUGCUCGAGAAAAUCAAUGUUGCCAAAAUGACUGAAAAACAAAUUGAUACAACACGUGCCGCAUACAAACCGUUGGCCGCCCAUGCCAGUACUAUUUAUUUCACAAUUGAUGAAAUGAUGAAUAUUAAUCAAAUGUAUCAAUACAGUUUAUCAUGGUUUGUUGGUAAUCUUACAUCGGCCAUAGAUAAUACAGAUAAAGUCGAUGAUAUUCAACAGCGAAUUAGAGAUUUGAAGAAAUACUUUACCUAUUUCAUUUACACCAAACUGUGCCGAAGUCUUGAAGAAAAGGAAAAAAUUGUCUUUUCAACACUUCUGACGAAAAAUAUCAGCAUUUCUGAGAAACAUGCAACAAAAGAAGAAUGGGCAUUCCUUUUCACAUGUGGCAAUAUGAAAAAUUCCAUUGAAAAUGACGAAAAUAAACCCAAUUGGAUAUCCAGUGAUGCAUGGGCGAGAAUCAAAAGGUUAUCGAUGGUGUCCGCAUUUGCUGAUGUGGUUGAAAAACUCUUGGAAAAUGAAUCGCAAUGGGAAAAUUAUGCGAAACAGAUGGAGUCGGUUGAAAUUAAUAUUGUAGCUGAUGGUAGUUGUUAUCGUAGCGAUUUGACAUCAUUUCAGAAACUAUUGCUGUUCAUUUGUUUUCAACCAUCAAAAUUGGUUGACACACUGUUGCCAUUUAUCUGUGAGAUAUUGGGCGGCAGUGAAUUUAUCGAAUCACCCCCAUUCGAUUUGACUUCAGCAUUUGCCGAUUCAACAUGUUGCAAACCAUUGCUAUUCAUUUUAUCAUCAAAUUACGAUCCAAUAAAAAGCAUACGACAGCUGGCUGAGACGCAAUUAAUCGAUCCAAAUCGAUUGACAUCACUGUCAAUGGGACAACAGCAAAAUUCAUCAGCAAUAAAAUUGAUCGAAGAUGGCAUAAAAUCGGGUGAUUGGGUCAUUUUACAAAAUUGUCAUUUGGCUACCGAUUUUAUGUGUACACUAGAGCGAAUUUGUGACAAUCUUGCACCGGACACAACCAAUCAAGACUUUCGUCUAUGGCUUACAUCAAAUUCAACGCACAUAUUUCCAUUGUCAAUAAUUCAUGGUAGCGUUAAACUAGUUAACGAACCGCCAAAAACAUUGCGAACAACAUUGAUGCGAACGUUCAGCAGUCAACCAGUCAUCGAUGACAAUUGGAUAAGUGAAAAUAAGCAUUCAAAUCAACUGAAAGCGUUGAUAUAUUCGUUGAGUUUUUUACAUGGCAUCAUAUUGGAGCGACGCAAUUACAAUUCAAUCGGUUGGAAUUAUCCGUACGAUUUCAAUGACAUCGAUCUUUUUAUGAGCAUUUAUCAAUUUUAUGAAUACUUGAAUGCAUUUAAAAGCAUUCCAUUUGAAAUUUUACAAAUAUUAAUAGCAGAAUGUAUUUAUGGAGGUCACAUGAAUGACUUUAGCGAUCGAAAAUGCUUGAAAUUCUUUACCGAACAUUUUUGUUCGCGAAUGAUUUUAGAACAUGGCAAAUUGGCUAAUGAUACGACAUUGGCGAAUGUUGAAGCCUACUUUCCGCAUAAUUACUCAACCAUUGAUUCGAUUGUAAGUCACAUAAAAUGUCUAGACGGUAAAAGCGAUGCCGAAAUCUGUGGAUUACAUUACAAUGCGAACACGUUACGACAACGAAAUGAAAGCAAUUUUCUGAUUGAGAAUGUUAGAUUAGCACAGAACUUUGGCAUUCCAGGUGGCGAGGAUUACUCAUUGAGGUCAUCAUCAACGGAGAAUGAGCGCUUACUAAGCUGUGUAAAGGAUAUUCUCGAAGCUGUUCCAUCUGAAUUUGACCUAAAAUUAAAUGAAUUUAAUUCAACAUUGAAUGCAGACCCAUUGAAUUUGGUUUUACACCAAGAACUCCGACAGUACAACCAAUUACUGCGUUGCAUUCGAAAUACUUCAAUACAGGUUUUGAAUGCAAUUCAAGGUCAAAUAAUUUUGUCGCGCGAUAUAGAAACGGUUGCCAUAGAAAUCGCCAAUUCGAAGAUACCAGAUGUUUGGUUAAUGAAAUCGUAUCCAACGCUCAAAUCACUCGCCACUUUUGUCAAGGAUCUAAAACAAAGGAUUGCAUUUUUCCAGGCAUGGAUUGAAACGGGUUCACCUCGAGUCUAUUGGUUGCCAUCUUUUUUCUCUGUCCGCUCAUUUUUCGCGGCCAUUCAACAGAACCAUUCACGAAAACAUAAUAUCGCCUACAAUCUCUUGACAUUCGAUUAUUUGACGGAUGAUCCGGUUGAACCGAAUGACAGUAGUAAAUGUGUACCGGAUAUUGGAUGCUUAGUAAAUGGUCUGUAUUUGGACGGAGCUGCAUGGUGUCGUACGAAAAACCGUUUGAUCGAAUCGAAAGUCGGUAUCCUUUUCGAUGAAAUGGUUACGCAUCGUGCCAGUAUAAUCAUGAGUGCGCAAUUUGUCCACCUUCGGAUAUUAAUUUAUGCAUUAACGAUCGAUGCAUGUGCAAAAAUGGGGAAAAAAAUCAAUGUUGCAAUUUCGUGACAUACCUCUAAAAUUGAUAAAGACUAAAGAUGAUGCUGAUUCCUCCCCCCAUGAUGGGGACAAGUCGCGCGAUGGCAACAUGCUACACAAUAUUAUAAGAAGAAAUGUUUUGUGGGAGACACCCAGAGAUUGCACAUCUGAUGAAAAAGUUAUAUGCGUUGAUUAUUGCGUCCAAAAACAUUUAAGGCUUUUAAAUUGUACAUUCAAUGGCAGUCCCCUUUGCAAAUGUAGAGAGAGAGGAGUACGGAACUGGUACAUUAUUUAGUGAAUAACUACUCAAGUGAAAAACUUGACUUAAUUUAAAUACACGUGAAUGGUGCAUGUUAUUUAGUAGAAAAUAGUUUGUAAAAUCAAACAAAUUAAGUUUUUGUCAAAGAAAUAUAACCUUUUUAACCUGAAAUGAUUUUUUUACACAAAAAUAACAACGAUAACAGAAAUAACAACAAUUAUAAAACGAUAGAUUAAAUGAGAAUUGUACUCUCAUAUUUAAAAGCGAAUAAAUUAGAACAUAUAAAAUAUAUACAUUCGAUUCCAACUAUAUUGCCUGUUCAAGAAUCCAGUGCCAAACAUCGAGAUAAAGUGAAUUCAUUAUGAAUUCCAAAUGUAUUCCGACUCAUAAAUGUUCUUUGCAUUACUUUAAUUUUCUUUUGCGAAAAUGUUGAUAGAGAAUUUACGUUGAUAUUUAAGAUUUUUUUUCAUAAUUGACUACCUGCAAAUAUACCUCCAUUAUCAUGAAAUUU